AUGGCGCCGAUUCAACGUCAACGUCAGCUUUUCAUUUCAAAAAAAGAACUCAAAAAGUUGAAUGGCAGAAGAUUUUCAAAACCAGAAGAAUCCUCUGAUAUUGGUCUUAUUUAUCCUGCUGUGGAUACAGCAUUUAAAUUGCUUUUGUCAGUUAGAUUUUGUUCUGCUAUAUGGAGUCACAUAACAGAUUGUGAUGAAACCUAUAAUUAUUGGGAACCAAGUCACUAUUUGCUUUAUGGUACCGGUCAACAAACAUGGGAAUAUAGUCCACAAUAUGCAUUAAGAUCAUAUAUGUACUUAUUAAUUCAUAUAGUACCAGCAAAACUUUAUCAUUACUUACUAGAACCAAAUCCUGUUCUAGUCUUCUAUUUUGUAAGAUGUCUAUUGUCUGUGGGUUGUGCAUUAUCUGAAGUAUACUUUUAUAUAAAUGUGUCCAGAGAAUUUGGAAUACAUAUUGGGAGAUUGACAUUAGUAUUUCUUAUAUUCAGUUCUGGCAUGUAUAUUGCCAGUGCUGCAUUUUUACCAUCAUCUUUUUCAAUGUAUUUAAGUACUGUUGCUACAGCAGCCUGGUAUGGCCGUCAAUAUGAAUUAGCAAUUUUUGCUACAGCAAUAUCUGCUUUAUUAGGGUGGCCAUUUGCUGCAUUACUUGGAUUGCCAAUUGCAAUGGAAAUGUUAAUACAUAAACAAGAGUGGAGUAAAUUUAUAAAAUGGGUAAUUCUAUCUGGUACUGUUAUUUUAGUACCAAUGGUAUGGAUUGAUUCAAUGUAUUAUGGUAAAUUAGUGAUAGCACCACUGAACAUUGUAAUGUACAAUGUUUUUACUAAUCAUGGACCAAAUAUCUAUGGAACAGAACCUUUCAGUUAUUAUAUUUAUAAUGGAUUUUUAAACUUCAAUUUCGUUUUUAUUGGCGCACUUUGGGCUCCAUUAGGAUUGCUUUUAGUGUGGCUAAUUGUACCUGUUGGACCAAGAGAUCGUCUUUGUUUAUCUUACUGGUAUUCGUUGGCACCACUAUAUCUUUGGUUUUUAGUGUUUUUCUUGCAACCUCAUAAGGAAGAGCGAUUUUUAUUUCCUGUAUAUCCAAUGAUUUGUUUAACUGGAGGCAUAGCUAUAGACACCAUCCAAAAACUAUAUUUGUUUAUUAGGACAAAGCUUAGUUCUUUACAUAUUGCUUAUCAUUAUUUGCAAUAUACUGUUCAUAUUACAUUCUUUGCUAUCUUGAUAUGUGGUCUUCUUGGAAUAUCAAGAUCAUUAGCAAUAUACAAAGGUUAUUAUGCACCAAUGGAAGUAAUGAUUGAUGCUAAUAAGGUUGAAUUAGAAGGAGAAAUAUCUAAGGACAUUAAUAUUAAUUUUUGCAUUGGUAAAGAAUGGCAUCGAUUUCCGAGUAGCUUUUUCUUUACAUCGAAUAAUUGGAAACUUCAAUAUCUAAAAUCAGAAUUUAAGGGUCAAUUACCUCAACCAUAUUUAGAUCAUGAAAAUGCAACUAGUAUUAUACAACCUCAUUUUAAUGAUAUGAAUAGAGAAGAACCUACACGCUACUUUAGUUUAGACAAGUGCCAUUUUGUAUUAGAUCUGGAUAUUGGGACUGAGACAGACUUAGAACCAAAUUAUUCUCGAUUAACUGACAACUUUACGAUAAUAAAAUCGUCUAAAUUUUUAAAUUCUGCAAAAUCACACCAAUUUUUCAGAGCGUUUUAUAUACCUUUUGUGUCAUAUAAAUUUUGUACAUAUGGUUCAUAUAAUUUAUUACAAAAUAUUAAAGUUAAAUCGAUUCCCCUUUUGUCAACGGGAAAAAUUCCAAAAUCAUCCUGA